AUGUCUCGCUUAACAAUGAUCCUCGUUUUUCUAUGUGUUUUCUUCAUACAAUUUCAACCAGAUCAAGCUGCUAGAAUUUACCUUCCAACUGAAGAUGAUAGCGAUUACCAGCCAGCUCCUUUACCUUCCUCCGCAUCGUUAUUGAAAUCAUGGUACAACAAACGAUUUACUCAACUCGAAGACAAUGAACAAGACGAAGACAUGGAACAUUUAUGGAAGCGCUUCUCACCUGAACUAGCAUCGCUUCGUCAACGACGUCGCUUUGGAAAUACUCGUUAUGGUCGCAGUUUAUCGAAAGAUUGA